ACCAUCUCCCCUACCCUAGGGGCUUAAGGGUCCUCCUUGCUCCUAGCUGCUUGCUCGGCAGCGGCUCUUGCUACCCUUAGACCGCUCGACCAGUCAUCUACGACCAGCGAGCGCUUCUGGCCACUGUCUCGGCAGUAGCUAUCAGAUCCCAGGGUCCUAGACUCGAGGGUUGAAAAUCCGGCGCGGCUCCUUGCCCCGUCGCCCGCUGUCGCUGUCACGUUAGCUCUGCUCUCCUGUCUUUCAGACCAGGCUUCAGCGCCGGCAUUAGUAGCCCCGAACGCCCGUUAAAUAGGUGCGCCUACCGGGCGUCCUGCGUUCUACACCCAUUCACCCUCACGCCCGUCGUAUCCAGAUCUCUCUUGCGCAUCGUGAAUCCGCCAUGCUUCGAACGAUCGGCGCCUCGUCGGCCGUGCUUCGGCGCGGCGUCUCGUCAACCGCCGCUCAAUGCGGCGGCUCUAGCGCCGCCUCGCCCUCUCUUCCGAUUGCCUCCUCGCCCGCCCAUUCCCCCGUCGCCCUCGCCCUCGCCGCUCUCUCUCGAACAGUAGCGUCGCUCCACCCGCCGCCAGUCGCCCCGCAAAUCCCGCUUUCCCAAAUACCGCAAACUACCUCUCCCGUCCUGGGCCCCCCUUCCCAACAGCAGCAGCGGUCACUCCAUUCGCCCGCCUCCCCUCUUUCCGCCUCCUCCUUCCGCCUCCCCCUCUCCGCCCUCCACUCCGCCUCCCGCGCGCCCUUCUCCUCCGCCGCCGACUCCUCCGAUCCCGCGGAGCAGCGCAGCCCGCCAACAGAUCGCGUGGUACGGCUGGCGGACGAGAUUGUAGGGCUGACGUUGCUCGAGGUCUCAGAUCUAACGGCUCUGAUCCGCAAGAAGCUCGGCAUGGAAGAUGCGCCCAUGGGCGGCAUGCCCAUGGGCAUGAUGAUGAUGCCCGGCGCCGCCAUGGCCGGCGGUGGCGGCGGGGGGGAAGCAGCAGCAGCAGCUGCGGAGGAGAAGACGGCGUUCGACGUGAAGCUGGAGGGAUUCGAGGCGGCGGCGAAGCUGAAGGUGAUCAAGGAGGUGCGCGGCAUUGCGGGGCUGGGGCUGAAGGAGGCCAAGGAGUUCGUCGAGAAGGCGCCCGUCGUCGUCAAGGCUGGCGUCUCCAAGGAGGAGGCCGCCGCCAUCGUCGAAAAACUCAAAGCCGUCGGCGCCACGGUGGUCGUUGAGUGAGGGUGGUGAGAGAGAAAGGUGUGGCGCGGGGGGAGAAAGGAAAAGAGGAGGGGGGGGGGGAGGGAAGGGAGACAGGUGGGGGGGAGGAUUCGGGGAGAAGGAUUUGGGGGCUGGAGGGAGGAAAGUAGAAGGGAAGGGAAAGGGAGGGAGGAGGAGGAGGAGGUGAUGGGAAUGGUGGAGAAAGAACACCAAAGUAAUGGAGGCAGGAGUGGGAGGGAGUCUGCACCUUGUGGAGUUGUGCUGCAGAUUAGUGGUGAUGGAGGAGACUGGUUCACGCCUCCAACUGCAGCUGUGGGCCUGCCGGUGUAGUUAAGUGAAUUAAAGCAAGGAAUGACUAGUGACUGAUUUGGCUUCAUGGGUCUCCUGUGAUGUCUCUUCCUCCGUUUUGUUCCCCUCCUGUCCCUUACCCCCGCAGCCUCUCUCUGCUCUGUUUCUCCUUUCCUCAACUCCAUGCUCCUCUUUCCUCUGUUGCUCUUUGCUUCCCCUUUGACCUGUUGCCUCCCUUUCUUUACUCUUCUCAACGUUGCCUGCCCUCCUUGCAUGCCUUUCACUCCUAAGCCUAGACAAGUCACUCUCAUGCCUGUUCUUCCCCUCGGCAUUAUCUUCUUUGGUCCUUAAUGCCUGGCCAUUGUCUGCCGUCCGCUGUCUCUUCUCCUACUCCAGAUUCUAGCCUGUCCCGCUUGUCUCAUACCAAUACUGUUCUGUGCUCUGUGAUCGCUUGAAGGCGAAAGUUUCUAUUUCACUGGGGCUACUGUUGACUGUUGUGCCAUUAUUGGCUGCCUUCAAAUUUGGCUGCCUUAAGUCUGUUCCUAGAGUCUCUACUUGAUUGGAUAUCUGUGAAACAACAUUCAUUUGUUUACGUUGAGAAGUUGGUUCGA